UUGGGAACGACAGAGCUUUGAGACAAAGGCAUUAAAAAAUUUCACCUGCCUAAUUUAUUACGAGCCUCGCAAGUUCGAAGCUGCAUUUUUAAUACCUAUUUAAUGUCAGAAGAGUUUUAAACUUUAUCAUAGAAAUUUCAUGUUAGAACAUAACUUACCUACUUAGUAUUGUUUUACAUGCAGCCACAGUAAAUAACCAGUACAAUUUGAUAGCGUUCUGCAUCUAUGUUCAUAUCUCAUCAACAGAUUGGUAACAAUCCACCGGGGAAAGAAGAUGAUCAAAUUUCGUCAAAAAUCAGUGCUAUAGCGAAGAAAUUUUCAAAAACUGCAAAUAGUUGGUGACACUGAAACCUCAAUGAGAAACGAGGCCACAGGGAUUUCAAUUCAACACUCCUUUUUUUCUCACCUGCCUCAUUGUUGUGCUUAGUGCUGCCACACUCUUGUGCUUUCAACCAUGCAUGUGGCAUCCGUGCCAUUCGAGCAUUGGCUAUCAGGUUCACAAUGGAGAUAGCAUUCAAUCAGGGAUCCAGUUCAACUAACAAUCAUUCUUUCCUAUUCACCAUAUUACUAGCAACGAUGAUAUGGUCCCAACUACCUCGUCAGUCACGGGCUAAGAAGGAUUGGGACUUAACGACUAUGGACCCCAAUGUUACGCUCGGUUGGGGCCCGAAGGAGGUAUAUCCAUUCAGCAUCGACUACGCCUUGAAGCAGUGUAAAAUCGUGCCGAUGAUCAUAGAUAAAUCACCGAAGCAUUUACUAGAGGUUUUGUAUGAGGAUGAAACCAUUGUAGACUUAGGAGUCUAUCUGCGACCAGAUGAUAUGCUAUUUGAGCCCAAAAUGAUUACAUGGCCUGACGGAGGAGAAUAUUACUACACUUUAAUUAUUGCAGAUGCUGAUUUCCCUGCUCGGGUUGAUUACUCCGAUAGUCAGUAUUUGCUAUUUAUGGUCGUGAAUGCUCACAAUGGAACGUGGAGAGAAGAAGAUGUGAUUGUGCCAUACAUAGGACCCGAGCCAGAUUUGGAUUCAGGUCCGCAACAACAGUCGACGGCAGAAUUUUGUCGUGAGGAAGUUCACUAAAAAAUACAAUCUAGGGCAGCCACACGCGAUUAAUUUUUUUUUCGUAGAAAACUGGGAUUUUGUGGACACGGAACCGAGUGAUCUGGCACUGUCUGGUCUGCAAGCAAUGGAGAACUCAAUGGAUUUAUUUGAUGAAAUACAAAUGAGACUCGAAAACGGCGAGGAGUUCGAAGACGACGAGGAGGAGUUUAAAUAGUUCUCCUUAAAAUUGUUUUUUCUCUACAAAUGUUGUAUUAAGAUUUAGAGAACAAAAUACUUCGUGACGGAAUUGAAUUGUUAGAGGAGGAUGAUUCAUCAAUAAAAUGAAACAUUGGUUACA